CAAAAGCCCACCCUCGAGGGCGUCCACAUCCGCUCCGCUGACGACGCCCACAAGGUCUUCUACGCCGUCAUGCAGGACACCCUGCAGCCCAUCACAAAGCGCCUCGACGCGGAGGAGCGCGCCGCCCUCAAGGCAGGCGACGUCUACGUCUGGGCCCGCCAGAGCCUCACCGGCGACGCCUACAGCCCACACAUGGAGCGCUUCACCGAAGGCAAGUCCUGGACAGCCUCGCGUGUCCGAGAUGACUUCCUCAUCUACUACGAGAUCCCGGAGAAGACGAAGGGACGGGGAGGCCCCGCUCAACGAGCCGAGUCGUCGGAAAACCGCGUCGUUCGCCAGGGCGAGCACGACCAGUUCAUCAAGCAGACGUACUCCGUCUAUUGUAACGACCCCGCUGACGCGCAACCGUCGCCGGAUGGAAAGCCAAAAGAUCCAAAGAAGUGGCAUCUCAACGCGUACUUCACAAAACUAACGGAAGGCCAACUGAAAACGAUCGACGACAUCGAAGAACUGCGCGACCUCGUCGUCCCGGAGGGUAUGUUCAGGAGUGCGCGGACGAGCAAGGCCGGCAAGAAGGGCGAAUCCUCGCGGACGACCAGCAGCACGAAACGGCAGUACGCGCCCUUCCCCUCGCGCUCGCAACUACCGCAGCCCUCGACAAGCUCCCAGUCACAGGCGUCCACAAGCGCGCUCCCGCCGCCUCCGCCAGCGCCCGUC